UGUCACGUGACACAUUGGAUCGUAGUUCAAGAUGGAGUCGAUGCGCUACUAUUUUAUAGCUUCUUAGCUACAGUAAUCAACAUAUGGCAAAUUAUAUCAAUUCGUUUUUACGUUCAGAAGUUGAGGACUUACUUUGUAUUUCUUUCUUUUCGAGCGGUAUGUUAUUUGAUGAACAUAAGUUAUUUGCUAGAAAUGUGUCAGUAACUGAAACAUCUGCUAGCCAGCAAUCAGUCACGUGGUUGGAAUGUUCAUUAACGUUCAAUUAAUUUGGAGAUCGAUAUGGCUCAGAGAGAGUUAAAAAUGUGCCUUCCUGGGGACACUGGGGUUGGAAAGUCAAGCAUUGUUUGGAGGUUUGUGGAGGACAGCUUUGACCCCAACAUUAAUCCAACUAUUGGGGCAUCCUUCAUGACAAAGACGGUGCAGUAUCAAAAUGAGCUGCACAAAUUCCUCAUCUGGGACACGGCAGGGCAAGAAAGGUUCCGUACGUUGGCACCAAUGUACUACAGAGGCUCUGCGGCAGCCAUCAUUGUUUAUGACGUCACUAAAGAGGACUCGUUCCAGGCAUUGAAGAACUGGGUGAAGGAGCUUCGCCAACACGGCCCUCCCAACAUCGUGGUAGCCAUCGCUGGCAACAAGUGUGACCUGUCCGAUGCCAGGGAGGUCUUGGAGAAGGAUGCCAAGGACUACGCAGACUCCAUCCAUGCCAUCUUUGUGGAGACCAGCACCAAGAACGCCAUUAACAUCCAUGAGGUCUUUUGAUCUUAGUCCCACCCUGAUUCUUGACCCCUGACGCAAUGACCUUUCUCUGCUUACAGCCUCCAUCGUCCCUCCAACAGAAUACCACUCCUCCAUCGGGGACCACUGACUCCUACCGCCAUUGUCUCCUCCAUCUAAUACUCCACUCUAAAGAGCAAGCCUAUUGCAAUUCACUGGGGUAUUGCUUUAGCUUGGAUUUUGUGAAGCUGUUGGUUUGUGUUUCCUGUCUCCCUAUCCAGACCCCAAAAGGUUCAACCAAAGUUCACAGCCUUUAGUAUUUUGCCUUUAGGUUCCUCAAGAAGGUCAAUGGAAGUAUCACCCGCUCUCUUGCUGUGUUCACUUCGUUCUAUUCCUAUAUAGUGCACUAUGGGCCCUGGUCAAAAGUAGUGCACUAUAUAGAGAAAGAGGGUGCCAUUUGAGAUGCAUCCUCAAAGGUUUUCAACGUAAAUUGUCUUAAUCUAGCAGUCCAAAGCCACAGCAAUUGCUAUGAAUUGCCCAAGUUAUAAGCGCUCCCUCCUGCCUGUCUUUUAUAGGUCUUGUAAUACUUCUGAAAAGAAGAAGAACGUUAACACAGAUUUUAUUUCUGUUUCGAUCUCGUAAACCUCUACACGGGUCCUGGCAUCAUCGGGUUUACAGCAUGCUGUGAUUCUUUUCUUGCAAUGGCUACAGGGUCUAUUUUGUAACCGGAGACAAUAUGGAGGUUAUUUUUAACAUACCUCUAUAUUUUCAGUUUCUUCUUAAAAAAUGGCUAGGUAGGCAUGUAUAGAUGUACUUUCUCCACCUCUAAAUGGACUAAUACCAAUCUCUUACUAAAUCAACUACAGUAAGUCACACUAAGUAUAUAUAUAUUUUUACACUUAUUUUACGAGGUAAGAUGACUGAACACAUUCUCAUUUACAGCAACAACCUGGGGAAUAGUUACAGGGGAGAAGAGGGGGGAUGAAUGAGCCAAUUGUAAGCUGGGGAUGAUUAGGUAACUGUGAUGGUAUGAGGGCGAGAUUGGGAAUUUAGCCAGGACACCAGGGUUAACACCCCUACUCUUACAAUAAGUGCCAUGGGAUCUUUAGUGAUCACAGAGUCAGGACACCCGCUUAACGUCCCAUCCAAAAGACAGAACCCUACACAGGGCAAUGUCCUCAAACACUGCCUUGGGGCAUUUUUAGACCAGGGGAAAGGGUACCUCUUACUGGCCCUCCAACACCACUUCCAGCAGCAUCUGGUCUCCCAUCCAGGGACUGACCAGGACCAACCCUGCUUAGCUUCAGAAGCAAGCCAGCAGUGGGAUGCAGGGUGGUAUGCUACUGGCCUAAGUAACAACAGUUUCAUUAAUCUGGAGCGUACCAACAUUUUCUUUUACAUUUCCGUCAGGUUUGCCCAACUAUUUUCAAAGAGUGCCACUUCAGUCUGAAAAUAUUAACACCUUGGAUCUAUCUAAUCAUUGUGAUCCAGGUUGAUGAGUCAGAAGUGCAUGAAGGGAAAUGUAUUUGUGUAGUCUGACCUAUAAUGGCCCUCACACAGUGCUUUGCAGCAUAGGGCCAACUAAGGCAGGUGUUUACCAAACCGUUUGAUGCUACAGUAAUGAAAAGUAAUGGAGUAAUGUUUUUUUUUUUAAUGUAUUUUGUGUCUUGUUGCUCUGUUACAAUUUUGUAUUCAUCAAUAUCGUUGUCACUUUCAUUCCAUCUGUUUUAGCCUCAACAUUUUGGAGGGUAAAUGUGUUUUGUGAUGGUAACGAAGCUUGUUGAUUGUUACCACUGAAAAGGAGAGAACAGUCCUUUUAUGGCUGACCUCUACAUUGAGAGCAGUGAUAUAGUGGUAAAAAAAAAAAAGUAGGUAAACUCUUAUCGCCAGUCUCGGUGAAAAAAGUAACACUCCCUAUACUUUUAAUGCAUUUUUUCCACAAAAAGUUGGGUAAACUGUGUUUACUUGCGUUUACCCUCCACUACACCCCUGAUUGGAAGGCGUUCAUGAUUAGGGCCCUGUGGUCGUCUCUUAACGGGCCAGCCUAUUUGAGUGCUAACAAGACUGGCAGUCACUAAGUGUGCGAUAUAACUUCUCAAACUGCUCACAUUUACAUUUUAAUAUUGGAGCAAAUGAGCCACUCGCUGGAAUUCUGUAAAUGAAUUGCCCUGUAGUGCUUGGAGAAUACUGCCAGCCUUUUUACAGUAUUCAUUGUGUUUCAAUGUUUCUGAAAUGGCAUUUUAACUGUUAGUGUGAGUUGGCAACUCCGUCCGUCCUUGAUCUCUUGCUGUUUCUCUUUUACGACCGUUUUACAGGAGAGAGUGAUUUUGUGAGGUCCUACCAAUUCUUUAAUUGUCCCAUAAACAUUUUUCAACUUUAUUUUCUCAUUCUUUUACAGAAUAAGCACUGGCUCACACAUCCAAUGUAGUUUUACUACCUGGCCUGAGAUAAAAAAAAGGGCCAUAUCUAGAAACUUGACUUGUUCUGGGAAGAACUUGACUACACUCUUCGAGCUUAGAUCUUUCUAAAGAAAAGGACACACGAAGUGUCACGUUCCUGACCUGUUUUCCUUUGUUUUGUAUUCAUUUUAGUUGGUCAGGGCGUGAGUUGGGUGGGUUUGUCUAUGUUUGUAUUUCUAUGUGGGGUUUUGUGUUCGGCCUGGUAUGAUUCUCAAUUAGAGACAGGUGUGUAUUGUUUGUCUCUAAUUGAGAGUCAUACAAAGGCAGCCAGGGUUUCACUGGUGUUUUGUGGGUGUUUGUUCCUGUGUCCUCACAGGACAGUUGAAGGUUAGUCACGUUUGUUGUUUUGUAGUUUGUAGUGUCUUGUUUGCUGUUUGUUCAUUAAAAGAUGGCUUAUUUCCCUCAAUCCGCAUCUUGGUCCUAUCCAUGCUCCUCCUCGUUAAAGGGGGAGAACAACAUUGACUGCCUUUACAGAAACACCCACCACAACAGGACCAAGCGGAUUGAGGAGAGAGAACAAGAACUAAAGCAAUGGAGAGAAGAGGAAUGGAGUUGGGAGCAAAUUUUCAAUGGAGAAGGACCCUGGGCUAAGGUGGGAGAGAAUCGCCGCUCUCGGGAGGAGAAGAAGGCAGCCACAGCCCAGGAGCGCAGGUAUGAGGGUACGCGGCUAGCACGGAAGCCCGAGAGGCUCACCCAAAAAUUUCUUGGGGGGGGGGCUAAAGGGGAGUGUGGCGAAGCCGGGUUGGAUACCUGAGCCAACUCCCCGGGCUUGCCGUGGAGUAAGAGGGCG